AUGCCGUCAAGAUUGCCAAGGUCAGCGCUUGCGAGCGUGGCUCGGGCAAGACCAUGCUCUUCCGCCGUACCAAGGCUCGCUCCGGCUGCAUCAGCCACCCGCACUCAAUCUAGCUGGGCGUCAGCGCUAGACCAGGCAAAGAAUCUCGUUCAAGAUCAGCUCGGCCACUUUCCUCCUUCAUCUUCGUCUGCUUCAUCCUCCUCCUCGAGGUCAUCCUCAGGCUCCACUGCCUCGUCCGCAGCUUCUUUCUUCGGCGCCUCCGACCCUGCUUCAUCUGCAUCAGCUGCUCCAUCUGCACCCAUCAUUCAAGACCCACUUUCGCUCGUCUCGUCCGAGCUCUCUUCUCUGCGCUCCAACGUCUCCUCGCUCCUCGGCUCUGGGCAUCCUAGCCUGGACACAAUAGCAAAGUACUACUUUCAGGCCGAGGGCAAGCACGUUCGACCUCUCAUCGUGCUCCUCAUGAGCAAGGCGGUCAACGGACUCUCGCCACUCUACCCAGAGCUGCUUGCGCAGGCACAGAACACCGCGUCGCGAAGCGAUACGGGAAAGUCGAUCGAGCGGGACAUGGGCAUCAACGAGCCGCUCUCACCAGGGAGUGUACUGAACGAUUUUAACCCACACAUGGAGAGCAUCGAGGGGUCGCUCCCCACAUCCGCAUCCCAACAAGACGGCAAUGCAGCAGCAGCACUAGCCUCGACGUCCGGUGCCAUCCUGCCAACGCAGCGCAGACUGGCCGAGAUUACAGAGAUGAUCCACGUCGCCUCGCUCCUGCACGACGAUGUGAUCGAUGCAUCGCCACUCCGUCGUGGUGCGCCCUCGGCACCUUCUGCGUUCGGCAACAAGCUCAGCAUCCUCGGCGGCGACUUUUUGCUCGGGCGCGCUUCCGUUGCGCUCGCCCGACUUCGUGAUGCCGAGGUCGUCGAACUGCUCGCAACGGUCAUUGCCAACUUGGUCGAAGGGGAGGUGAUGCAGCUCAAGUCGCAGGCUGCCGCUGAAUCGGGUGAGGCAGCUUCGACCAAUAGUCACGCCAACAUUUGGGAGUCGGAAGGACUGUUCGCGCACACCAUGGGGAUGAAUGAGUCGCAAGCCAAGCAGGCUGUCGAUGCGGCAAUGUCGGCGCAGAACCAGCCUACGCCGGCUCACUUUUCGUUGUAUCUGCAGAAGACGUACCUCAAGACGGCGGCGCUGAUUGCAAAGUCGACGAGGGCCUCGGUGAUUCUUGCUGGAUGUGGCGCCGAUGCGGUGGCUAACGCGGGACUUUCAAGCUCGGUAGCGGAGGAGAUGAGACGCAUCCGAGACGCAGCUUAUGGCUACGGUAGGAAUCUGGGAAUCGCCUUCCAGCUGGUAGACGACUUGCUCGAUUUCCAGUCCACCUCGGCGGCGUUCGGCAAGCCUUCAGGUGGUGCUGAUCUGCGAUUGGGUUUGGCGACUGCACCGGUGCUCUACGCUUGGCAGGAGCUGCCUGGGGAGGGAAUUCACGAACUGGUCGCGCGGCGGUUCGACGGGCAAGGAGAUGUGGAGAAGAUGCUGAAGCUGGUCGACAGGAGUAGAGGGCUGGAGAGGACCGCUGAGCUGGCCAAGGAGCACGCGAGGAGGGCGAGGGACCACCUCGAGGUGCUACCGGAGAGCGAGGCCAAGCAGGCACUGGUUAAGUUGAACGAGCAGGUGAUCAAGCGGGUCAAGUAA